GAAAUGCGGAUCACGGGGACCCUUAUUCCCUUUUCCUGGCCCAGCCCUUCUCCCAACGCCCGCAACAAAGAGGGAAGCAGCUAGUGACGAAAAGGACCCCGCCUGCUUCUGUGGGCCUUUCUACGCGCAUGCCCAGACUGCCUAAAGGAAGGUCUUGGACAACCAGUUUGGGAGAUUUUUGCAAAUCGCUGUGGGUUUUAAGGCACCUCCCUCCCGAAGGCAGGGCCAGUCCGCACAAUGGGGAAGUUUCUUUUCUGGGGUCAAUGCGGAAGGGAAACGAGCAUCUGUUGGGCCAGGCCGCAUCUCGCAUCUCCCGGUGUAGGGCUCUUCUGCUGGCGGCUUCGCGGGGCUCAGGAUUAUAGGUUGCUCCAGCAUCUCAUGUGAAAUGGAAAAAGUAGAUCUAUAACUUUUAAAUAUAAACUACAUAAAUAAAAAUCAAAAAGUAUUUGAUGAGAAAUUUCCUUAUCUUAUGAGAAGAUGAACAAAACAGUAACUUCAUCAACAUAUGUGAGGUGCUUAAAUGUUGGCCUGAUUAGGCAGCUGGCGGAUUUUAUUGAUCCUCAAGAAGGAUGGAAGAAGUUAGCAGUUGAUAUAAAAAAGCCUUCUGGAGAGAAUAGAUAUAACCAGUUUCAUAUAAGGAGAUUUGAAGGAUUACUUCAAAAUGGAAAGAGUCCCACUAGUGAAUUACUCUUUGACUGGGGAACCACAAACUGUACAGUUGGAGAUCUUGUGGAUCUUUUGAUCAGAAAUGAUUUUCUAGCACCAGCACGCCUGUUGCUGCCAGAUAUUAUUCCAGAAAUUGUCCAGGUACUUCCACAAGAAAAAUUAGCCACUCAGAAGAAAUUGCUGCCUCCUUAUGACAAAGAAAAGACACAUGUGAAGCCUGUUCAGAAUCAUGAGCACAUCUCUUCAUCUCUAGACUCAAGUCCAGACAGAAAAAGUUUAGAAGUUAGUGAUACACGUUUUCAGAGUUUUUCAUUCUAUGAAUUAAAGAGUGUUACAAAUAAUUUUGAUGAGCGCCCUAUGUCGGCUGGUGGAAACAAAAUGGGAGAAGGAGGCUUUGGAGUUGUCUAUAAAGGCUGCAUCAACAGCAGAACGGUGGCCGUGAAGAAACUUACAAGGAUGACUGAUAUGUGUACUGAAGAACUGAAACAACAAUUUGAUCAAGAAAUAAAAAUACUGGCAAAGUGUCAACAUGAAAACUUAGUACAACUGCUUGGUUUCUCAAGUGAUAGCAAUGACUUCUGUUUGGUGUAUGUCUAUAUGCCCAAUGGUUCAUUGCUUGACAGACUAUCUUGUCUGGAUGGCACUGAACCACUUUCCUGGCAGACAAGAUGCAAAAUUGCUCAAGGUACAGCUAAUGGUAUCUACUACUUACAUGCAAACAAUCAUGUUCAUAGAGAUAUUAAAAGUGCAAAUAUUUUACUUGAUGAGGACUUCUUACCCAAGAUUUCUGACUUUGGACUUGCAAGAACUUCUGCAAAAUUUAACCAAACAGUCAUGACUAGCAGAAUUGUGGGAACAACAGCCUAUAUGGCACCUGAAGCUUUGAGAGGAGAGAUAACACCUAAAUCUGACAUUUAUAGUUUUGGUGUGGUCUUGCUAGAAAUAAUAACCGGACUUCCAGCAGUAGAUGAGCAGCGUGAACCUCAAUUAUUGCUAGAUAUCAAAGAAGAAAUUGAAGAUGAAGAAAAGCAUAUUGAAGACUAUAUUGAUGCAAAAAUGAAUGAUGUAGAUUCCACUUCUGUUGAAAAUAUGUAUUCUAUUGCUACUCUUUGUCUUCAUGAAAAGAAAAACAAGAGACCAGACACUGAGAUGGUAAAACAUCACCUCCAAAAGAUGACGUCUUCCUGAUUUCCUAAAGUUUUAUUAAGAAACCUUUGAAAAAUUGAAGAUUGAAUCCUGAGUUUCUCACUCCAAAAGAAUUUUUUUUAAUGUAUAAAGUUUUGGACCAUCAGCCUGUACAUCAGGCCUUAUAUUUUUGAAUUUUAACUUAUUUUAUUGCUCUUGCUUUAUAAUCUGACUCAGUAGGCUAGCUCUCUUUAGGGACACUUAUUAGUCUUGCUUCUUCUGCUAUAUUGGAUAUAAUUAGAUUAGACCUUUUUUUUGCUAUUUUCAAUAUGAUUCAAGAAUUAUCUUUAAUCAUUUUUGUCUUUAGCAUAGAAUCGCUAAUUUUUAAGCUGUUGUGAUUGAAAUUAAGGCAAACUGAGUCACAACAUUCCAAACACAUUCAAUUUAUUGGUAAGACCAGCAUUUAUCAAUAAAAAGAGUCUUUUGACUCAGUUUUGAGAAAUACAAGAGGUCAAAGAAUAGGAAAUUUAAAAGUAUGACUAGUCAUGAAGUCUGAAUUAUCAGAUGAUGGAAGAUAGUAUGAUUGGAUGGAAAUCAGGAAUGCAGAACUAACAUCCCCUCCUUCCAUCUUGUUGCUAUGGAAAAGUUUUUUGGUGGUAUCCACCUGCAUGGAAGAGUCCAGACUUUUUUGAAGGAUAGUAAGCAUUGUAGAGAUACCAAACUCCCUGGUGCCCACCUGCUUCUUGCACACUUGUUACUGGGAUAACAGUUUUCUCUAACUGUAUAUGGGCCAUAAGAUGUGAGAGCAGCCAAGAGGUGCAAUGGAGAGAGCCUCUGGCUUGAAGUCAGGAAAGCCUGAGCUGAAAUAUGGCCCCAGGCACUUAUUAGCAGUGUAUAGUAAGAAAUUCUUGAACUACUAAAAUUAUAUUACCCAAAAUUCCUUUCUGUAUUACCUAGAAUCCUUUUCCCUUUUCUUGUGUCUUCAUGUUUAUGUGAUUAUAUUUAAGUUUGUUGUGACUCCUCCCUCUGACUCUUCUCUCUUGAUUAGGCUGGGUUUUAUGUAGUUUUUACUUUAGUUAUUAUUAAUAGAAUCUUAUAAUAGUUAUUGAAUAUUAAUUUAAAAACCCACAGCAGUUUGACCCUGUGGUAAAAAAGUUUUAUAUAUAUAUUUUUUUUUUUUUAAUGAAGGCAAUUUAUGGGACAACUUAGCUCAGUGAAGAAAGCUGAACUUAACUCAGAGACAAAGAGACCUGUGUUAGACAAUUUUACACUCUAUCUGGAGAGAUACAACAUAAAAUCAAUUGAAAAAUGGAAUCAGAAUUAAUUUUAUUUUCUCACUGUCAAUUGAUUCAGCCAUUCUGGAAAGCAGUUUGGAAUUAUGCUAAGAAAGUGAUUUGACUGGAAAAUGACAAAAAAUCUAAUGCUGACUGAAAAAAAUAACCAAGAAAACAAUACACACAAUGACCGUAACACCAAAAACCUGAGUCCACAAAAACAAAAACUGUGUAAUUCUAAUCAACCAAAGAAGAUAUAAGAAAAUAAACUCUUUUUUUGGCAGAAAAAUGGGUUAUACUCUUGGUAUAUCAUUGCUACAAUGUUCUAUUUGGCUGAUAUAUCAGUUUGCUAAAAUGCUUUUUUACAUUUUUAAUUACAAGAGUUCUUAGAAAGGGAAGAAGAGGCAAUAGUUGGAAAUGAAAAUGUUUUUAAAAUAAACUAUAUUAAUAAAAAUGAUUUUUAAAAAAUUGUUAAUUAAAAUUAUUUAAAGGGUAAUUUGGUCUCUAUGGAGCAGAAGUAGUCUAGAAACAUGUUUACAAAGGCAUGCUCAGUUUCUGACAUAACUAUCCAGUAGCAAGAAUAUGACAAGUUUGAAGAUUAAAUUUAACUUUCCCAAUUGUGAAAAUGAAAAUAAUUAAAACUCUCUUGAUUGUGAAGAUUAAAUUGUAACCCCUGCCUAUUUUUAUACUUAAUCACCAAAAGUGUAAACAUCCUACUUAAUCAUUGAGUGGGUCUGUGACCCAUGUGUGCAGUGGUGGGUAAUGAAUCAGAAUCAACUGACUGCCUCUUGGGCAGUCCUAAGCAAGGCUUUAGACUAUGAUUUGUCCAUGUAAAAAGUGGAGAAAGACACAGGAAGUGAUGGAAGAGAAAGUGUCUUUAAAAGGGAGUGACAACUUCCUGAGUGGAGUUCUUCUGGCAGUUCAUUCUAAAAAGUAGAGACUGGUGAAGAAUGUGCUGACUGGACCUGAGACCCUUUUCCUGGUGAGACUGUUCUACUGACACAAGGUGAGUAAAAAGAGCCAACUCUUUCCUGGAUAUUUUCUGAAGAAACUAGCCUCAGGAGAGAUUUCCGUGGGUCCUUGGCUUUGCCGAGGCCAGCUAAGGACCAACUCUCCCUGCCCAGGGUUAAGCCAGGGGCUGGGAGUAAAUUAUUCAGUGCUUAGGCUAGAUAUCUUACCUUAUCUUCUCUCUGAUUUUCUUACUUCACUCUUCUGUAUUUUGUAAAUAAAUUUUAAAUAAAUCUCUUUGGAAUAAAUUAAGUUCCUGGUUAUCACACUCUUAAUAAAUCCAGUCCAUCCCUUUUAAAAUUAGCUCCCUUUUCCCCCUUACACAAGCAAAGUAUGUUAUAAAGCAGGAGGUAUUUACAUUCUGCUGGGUACAUGCCUCAAGUCAAAGUAUUGUUAAAUAACCAUAAUUAGAGAGCAAACUAUAGUCAACCACUCAUAUCACCUUUUUAAUGCCAAAUACUAAAAACAAAGAAGUUAAGUGAAAAGUCAGUCAAACUUAAUUUAGCCCAGAAUUAGUAUCAUCACUUCUGAAAUAAAAUGGCUAUUAAGCAAUAACUUUAAAAUUCAAUAUAAAUUUAUUCUCUAAAAUAAGUUGUUUUAAUCAAUGGUUCUGUUUAGCUACUAGAAGUAGAAAUCAAACCAUCUUAAAAUAGAGGCCAACUUUAUUUUAGCAAAAUAGUAUUUUAUGAAUAUUCCCAUAACAUUUAAAUUAUCCUAUUUUUUUACAUGUCAAAAUGUGAGGCAAAUAUUAACCUGUUUUCUAACUCUUUAAUAAUUUUCAACUAAAGCAAAUGAGAUUAAAAAACUAUUGGAUUCCCUUUCAAAAUAUGCACAUUUAAUGAUAAAUAUGUAUUAUAGAAAUAUUAGAAAACAAAAAUGCAAUGAUAGGAUAUAUUUUGAAAAGUUUUUUAGAUAUUUAAACACUUUUGCUCGUAAUAGUUUUUGACUUGAUAUUUGAUUUUUAUAUCUGAUUUUAACAAACAUAAAACUUUCAGUAUAAAUCUGCCCUCUGAAGGGCUCUUGCUGUCAUCACACAGAAAUGACGUAGGAGGCAAGGGAAAAAGUGGCAUUUUCCUUACAGAACCUAUGCAAUUGCUGCCAAGUAUCCAGGUAAAGGUUGGGUUAUAACUUUCCUGUGUAGUCAAUGCUGGAUAAAAAGGUUGGGUAGUGAGUGGGUUUAGAGGUUAUUCAGCAAUGGGAGUUUUGAUGAGAAAGCUUGAGAAGUUAUUCUUGUGUUGUAGGAAAGCCCCAAUGAUGAACCAUUUUGCCUAUCACAUAAAGAGUUAAGUACAACCAAAUUGGUGAAUGACAGACCCCCCUUUCCAUGCUAUGGUAGACCACUGACAGCAUUGGCCCAGGAUUGAACUAUGUUAGAGACCACCAAAUGGCUUUUUUUUUUUUUGGUCCUAGCAUGAUACUCUCUAUUUAAGGGAUUACGUACCAAGCCACUAUUAUUGUAGGUCUUUUCAAGUAAUCUGGUAGUAAAUUUGUUUCGAAUUUUUCUUAUAUGCCCCUAGAAUACUUCAUAAAGUAUUAAAUGCUAAGCAGCAACCUUGACUUUAUAUAUAUAUGUAUAUAUAUAUACACAUAUAUAAAACCAUAAAUCAGGUUAUAGUUAUAAAUAAUAUUUAAUUUUAAUAAAUUCUACUUGUUUAAAUGAGUACAUACUUUGGUGUGUUCAUGUUUGACCAAACCAUCAUGUCUAUUCUGAAUGCUCAUGUAGAUGUGGGGAAGAUAAAAAAACAGGAAAGAACUUUUUUUUUUAAGUUUCAAUUUUUGGAAGUUCCUUCUGUUCCUAUUCAUAAUAAAAUGUGUGCUACAACUUUUCAGCAUUUCACAAAUGAGAAAAAUAGAUUUGUUCUGUUUUUAAAUUAGCUACUUAACAGAUUAAAAGAAAAAUAUGAAAAAAAUAAAAGAAAAAUGUUAAACCACAGCUAGCUUGCUAUGUAUUUACUAUUGAGUAGAACUGGUGUAGGACAGCUCCAUGUUAGAAGAGCCUGUCUUACUAAACCAGAGGGGGAUUGGUUAUAUUUCAGCACUUUAAAGGAUGCCAUUUCAUUAAAAGGUAAAUCUUUCUGACGACCCAGAUAGCCUCUCUUCCAUGAGACUUACUAGAUGGUCUUCAAGAACACUAUAGCUGAAAAUGUUGUCACCCUGUGGACAAACAUAUCAGUGAUGGUGCUCAGACAGAAGACACUCAGAUGAACUGCCAGUUCUCAAAAUCUUUGAAGUUUGGUAGGGUUUGUUCUACUAGACUCCAAGAACCUAGGUUCAGUUCCACACCACUCUUUAGAAUCAGAAGAGACCCUCAGGAAGAUUGGGGGAUGUUUUUGUUUUUAAACCUGUCAGCAAGUGUUCUACAAUUCAUAGUCUUAUAGAGUUGAUUUAGGUCAUUGAGAGGGUCAGUUUCCCAAAGCCACAUAGCCAGGUCAGACUUGAACCCAAGUUUUCUAAGACCAAUUAUCCAGUUCAUCAUGUUGCCUCGUGGGCUACUGCACUAAAAAUCAUAUGCUUUGCCUUCACCUGCUUUACAGAGACAACUGGGAUGAAGAGGAAUAUUUUUUAAAAAGCCCAUGUUCCUGGUAUUCCGAAGGCUGCACUGGAAAGGAAGGACAAAGGGAAAUGAGGACCAGGCAGGGAUGGGGCCGAGUUCUUUUGGCUCCUAUUGGUUGCCUUUAUCACAAAUCCUUCUUCUGGAAGCAGGCCAUCCACAGAUCUGGAUCCCCAGGACAAAGAGCAAAUUUGCCCUGUCCCAAAGGGAUGUUGGUGACAGGACACUAAACUGUAGCAGUGCCAGGGUCAAGAAAGAAAAGGCCACUGCAAAGGGCCUUACCAUUGCCAAAGAAUUGAUUCUGUGUGGAUGGAUCACAUCAGCCUCCUCUCACUGAUACAACAGGUGUCUUUUUUGUACCAGUGAGGGGCUAGGAUUAUGACAUGGAGACACACAUAUGAAAACUGAACUACAAGGAAUUUACAUUUCAAAUAAGCAAACAAGUGUGAGUAAAAAUGACAGCAGGAUGCAAAUUGACAGAAACAAAGUGACUUCAAUAAUAAAUUUUACAACUUUACAAAAUGGACCUCUUCACUUGUUUUAUAAGAUUUGACACCGAUUUCAUGAGAUUUUAACAUGGUUUCAUUCUUCAUGAUGAAGUACAUUUCUCCGAGUCCCAGCUUUAUUAUAACUCACAGGUUUUCAAUGGAGUUUCAAUCCAGGGAAUGCCCAGGCCACUAAAUCUUGCUUAUGAACAUCUCUUGAGGACACGUGUUGUGGUAGAGAGCUGUUUUUGCAGUCUCCCAUCUCCUUUUGGAAAUUUCUCUUUUUACAGAACAAGUUUGCUUCUCAGUCUAUUUAUCAAAAUCCAUCUUGUCCUCAAAGACUUUCAAGCCCACUAUGUCAGCAGACAUUUCUGAAGCUCCUGCCAUGUUCCAGGCACCGUACUCAACCCAGAAAAUGGGAGGCAAGACAAGGCAGACUGCCUUCAAGGAGCUCCCAAUGCCUAGGACAUCCCUCUCAAUCUGUGACUUUGAUAAAUUUUAAUGAAAAUGUAAAAAGGACAACCUUCUCCCUAACCCUUCCUCACUAUGACAAUCAGGGACUGUGAAUUUCAAGGCAUAUUAUUUAUGCACCACAUUUGUUCAAGUGAUGGGCAGCUUUGGAGGCAGAUAAAGACUUGACCCAGAGAAAUUUUUGGAAGUUCUAUAAUAUUUACCACACAAUCCAGAAUAUUGCUCCGGCAUAGGGAGAUAUAACAGAAACAAUUAUUGAAGAGAGUUUGGGGUUUUUUCUCAAUUUUCAUUUUUUUUGACAAAAAUGAAAGGAUAAAAGGAAGAAGAUUAUAAAAGGGAAGCUUUGGAACCUGAGGAGGAUCCAAAAAGAUUCACAAGAAACAGUUGGCAAGUGUGUGUCAUUUGAGUGAAUUUUUUUCUCAUCAGAUACAUGAGAGAAAAUGGAGAGCCACAGUCCAAACCUCUCUCAGUAGCUAAAAACUAGGUACAGUGGGUGGGGAAGGGUCAACAUACAGAACCCCUAUAUUCACUUUACUGUGCUGUGCUUACUUUAUCAUUAACCUGACCCUUCAUUCUUUAAUCAGACUAGUACAGCAUUUACAUUGUAUGGCUUCCAGAAUGUUACUGUGCAUAUUCUUUUGUGAUAUAGGUUAAGUGAAGUGGAUGGGAAGGAGCAAAUUCACAUUGCAUUCCUUGAUUGGAGCUUUACUUUUGUAGCCCUAGAGCUUAGCCCAGGGUAGACACUAAAUAAAUGUUGGCUGAUCCAUCUGUUUUUUUAA